AUGCCAUCGGGUGAUACCUUGAGAGGAACGAGGGUCGACCGAGCGGGGGAUUUUCCGGAUUCGGAAGAGGGUUUCAACGGCAACGAAGUUUGGGAGGAUGUCAUGGAGCGCAGUGGCGGUGGCGGCGAAGAGCGCACCCGGAGGGCGAACGCGCUGGCCCGCCACCUGGUGCUCCAGACGUACCAGCAGUCCGUCAUCGGAGGCGGUAGCGGUGCCCGGGGAGCGGGGCUUUUGUCUUGGGCGGCGGCGGCGGGAGGCGACGAAGCCGACGACGACGAAUCGGAAACGCCGACGGUUCUCUCGGCUCGCCUGGAGGCCGUGCAGAAGCUGCUGGAGUCAGUGGCAUCGUCGUCACCUCUACAGGAAGGCGGGGGUGCCAGAAGAGAUGGCGCGGUGGUAGUGGCGGGGGCGGCGGUGAACGGCGAUGCUGGGCGCGAGCGUGAGUGCUGGGCGUUUCUUUUGGGGGCCCGGGAGGCGUACUUGGCGUGGGCGGAGGCUUGCCGGGGCGAGGGGGGUAUGGCGGGUGCGGGAGAGGAGGACGCUGUCCGCGAUGCGGCGGAAAGGGCGAUGGCGGCGUUUGACGGAGUGCUGACGUACAAGGACGGCUGGAUGUACCCACAAGACCCCGCCAUUGCCGCGGACGAUAACUCCUCGCUGGGAUCGUGGGUGGACUUGGGAGAAGGCAGCGACGGGGCAGAAGUAGGGGCGGCUGUGGCGGUGCCCAACAACAGCAUGGUGGUUUCCUUGCCCGUGGAUUGCGGGGUCGGCGGCGAUGAUGUUGGGAUGUCGGAGGAGGAGAGAAAAGCGAAGGAAGUGGCGGAGGCUAGGCGGAAGAGGGAGAGGGAGGAGGAGGAGGCGAUCAGGGCGGCGGAAGAGACGGCGAGUCGGGCGGAAGAGGCCGCGAGGAAGGAGGAGUUGCUGGGAGUUCGUGCGGCGUGCUUGCCGGGGCUCGUCUUCUUGGCCCAUGAGGUGGCCCACAGUACCGGCUUGUGGAUGCUGCGAUGGCGCUCCGCCAACGCGGCUGAAGAGUGGUUCACGCGCGGACAGAAGCUCGUAAACACGAUCGUGAAGGACAAGUACCGUACGCUGCUCGCCCUGAACCCGGGACACAUGCGGCGGCUCCUUGGCUGUGUGGAGCGCAGCACCACUAAGCUCUUGGAGUGUACGGAGCGGGGCGUGUAGUUGUCGAUGUCAUUUCUGUGCAAGGGGGGAAGCGUUAUUGACCGUUCCGCCCUGUAGUCAAUCCUAGAAAAUGGUCGGCUUCGCGAGAGGGGCUUACGUCAUGCACGCGGUAUCUAGGGCGUAGGGACGUUGCCGAUUGGCGUGUUCUAUUCGUGCUGUUUCUCUGUUGUUGGAAUUAUUUGUUAUUGUUGGGUAGUGGGAAAAACUUGUUGGUCAGGUACGUUUUUCGUGGCUUAAACGCGUAACGAAAGUGUGCAUCGUCAUGUAUCAAGAUGCGAAGACGAGUAUACCAGACGUGGCAGGAAAAAGAGGGGUGGAACGGCGAAAAAUAUGGUACCCAUGCCUCAAGCUAGCUUGGGGUAAGGUUUUCCUCGUGACUGGGAUAGCGUUUUGCUUUGUACGAAAGUGUCG